AUGAGCUGCGCCAUGAGUAUAUCAACUUGUGGGCACGCUCUGCUAGUAUUUUUUGCGGGAAUGGACAGUGGACUCUGCCAAAGAUCCCUCCAUGGUGUUCCCUUCGCAGGAAUCGGUUCUGUCCGACCGCUGCGCAGUGCAUCCCUCUCCUCUUUCUCAACCCCGAUGUCCACUGUUCUCAACGGGAGUGUAUCUGAGAUUGAGGGUGAGACGGCCACGAACUCGACAUCCCUGAACUCAACAGCUGACGCUGUCGAUUCAAUAGCCACAAAUUCAUCAUGGUCAUCUGAAACGGACGUAAGUGUACCUGUCGGGGCGAACUCGUCCUCUUCAUCGUCGUCCUCGUCAGUCGUAUACGGCUUGGAGCUCAUAUCAACCAACACCUCAGCCGCGGUGGGAGACACGGUCCUGUCGAAUUCGUCCGGAGCUUUCACGAACGUGUCAGCCGUGGAGAAGGAACUUGUCGAAACGCUCGAGGUUGACGAGCAAGUCACAGGUGAUUUCGCAUGUAUGUGGACUAUCUCAAGGUGUUCUGGCAACAACCUGUGUGCCACUACUGUACAAGGAAAGAGGCGCACGGUGGCGUACCACGUGGAGCACCCCAACCUCGUUUCACCCGUCGACGAUGAAAUUACGAAUCGUUCAGUACUUGGUGAGGUCCAGCUGGGCGAGCUGCUGUGCGACGGCCUGGUUCAAGCAGAAGACGCACCACUCCUUCAGUUCGCGCUUAGCGCUAACGAGAUUUGGAACGGGGUCGUCAUUGACCCCGCACCGGAUGCGGAUGAGGCUUUCCCACGAGGCGUCAGCAUGACUUGGGGCGAAGUAUGCGACAUUGAGGGGCAGCAGGAAUCGACCUUGCAGCAGAACAGCUUCCGUAGCCCUUUGGACGCAGGGUAG